CCCCCACUCUUCAAGAUGAAGUUUACCCUUGUGUGCGCGUUGGUUCUCGCCGCCGUUGCCAGCGUCGUCGCCCAAAACGACACGGUGCCCGCUGGUUUUGUCGUGUUCGAUCAUGGCCUAGUCGUGGCCACGGGUCCUCCCCUGGGCGGCGACCUCGAGUCGGCCGACGAAAGUGCGAGCCUCGUCGACAUUGUCCAAGACUUUGAGUUGGUGGUCCGCAACGGCAUGCAGGACUUCAAAACCAUCACGAGUUUGGUGCAGUUGAUUCAAACGAUUGUCAUGUCAGGUCUAACCGUCGACAACGGCAUGCAGUUCGUGUCGAGCAUCCAAAAUGCCAUCCAAAUUGGCGCGCUCCGUGUCAAAGAAGGCAAAGAUCUCGUCAAGGACAUCAAGGACAUCGUCGCCCAAGGCCAACUCGCUGGCCCCCAAGCGGUGGCCGACAUCAAGAAGGCCCUUCAACGAGACAUGAAGCCAGCUACCGCUGCCGACCUCAUCAGCGACCUUCAAAAGGUGAUUCAAAACUCUAGCAAUGACGUGACCACGACGCUCAACUUGGUCAAACUCAUCCAAAGCAUCCAGCGCGAUGGGUUGGACCUGAACAACGGCCAGAUCCUGGUUCAAGACAUCCAAAAAGCGAUCGCCGCUGGCUUCUUGCAUCUUAAAGAUGGCGCCAACCUCGUGGGGACCAUCCAAGACAUUGUCAAGGACGGCAUGACUCUGCAAGACGGCGCCCUUGUGGCCGACGCGAUUCAGCAGGCGCUCCAAGCGGCGCUGGCCCCCUUCGACCCCCUUCCCAUGGCGUGUCGCCGCAAGGGCGAGAAUCGCGGCGCCGGCACCUUCGUUCAAAACCAAUGCGAGAUGGGCGAAGAAGCGUACGGGGCCUUGUGUUACCCCACUUGCAAGGAAGGGUACGAGAAGGUUGGGUGCUGCAUUUGCCGCAAGAAAGGCUGCAGUGGCGUCGAGGGCGUGACGGACAUUGGUGUGUCGUGCACCAAGCCUGCCGCGUACGGGCGCGGCGUAGGCUACGCGUUGUGGCAAGAGGACAAGUGCAAGGCCAACAACGCCGGCACGUGCGACAAGUACGGAUUGAUGUGGUACCCUCACUGCCAGCCUGGCUUCCACCGUGUUGGGUGCUGCAUCUGCUCCCCUGACUGCCCUGCCGGAACUAACGACGACGGCGCGUUUUGCCGCAAGGACUCUUACGGAGUAGGUGUGGGUGUGUCGCGAUUGGGAUGCCCCGCUGGGAAGGACAAGAGCGGUGUCAUGUGUUACCCCCCCUGCGCGCCGACCUUGGUCGGCAACGGGCCCGUGUGCUGGCCGCAAUGCUUCGGCGCGACCCCGUUCAAGUGCGGCUUGUUCUGUACGUCCACGGCGUCAACCUGCUUUUCGACCUCUAUCGAAAUUCUGGGGUCGACUGUCAAGGUUGCGUUGAGUUUGGUGGACCAAGACUUUUCCGGGGCUGGUUCGAGUGCUGCCCAAGGUGUUGGUAACGUCCUCCAGAUCAGCGAAUGCCCUACGUACCCACCGACCCCCUUGCCAUAAGUUGCUAGUGUUCAACACGAUUGUAGUCUUGGAUGACGAAGUAAAUGACGUUAACGUUACUGGCAAUCUCUUUCGUG